AUGAGACAGAAGAUUGAAGGUAUACCAGGCACCAAGGUCCUCUGGACGCUCCAGGCUCAUCCCAAACGUCGUCAGGUGGGAUUGGCGUACGGUGCCCUGCAGCGUAUACCACGGUUGACCUUUCAUAUGACCCAGGUGCUAACCGGAAACGGGCGCUUUCAACAGUACUUGCAUCGAAUGGGUAGGGCCGUCAGUGCUGUCCUCGUUAAUCGGAUACGGCUGAGCACAGGCUGUUUCAUGGGGUGGUCAAAGCGUGGACCUCGGUACCCUACAGCGACGUCCACUAGCUUCUAUAGACAUGCCAAACAUUCUCUGUGGUCCUGUAUUCUAGUGUAUCCCCGUUGA